AUGUAUGGAGAAGCAAGCACUAAGCCCAUAUUUGUGGAAUAUUUUGACGAGUGCUCAAACACCCCUGGCGUCUGUCAACAUAUCACAGAUAGUAUCUGCAAGAAUUCACCCGGUUCUUAUCGUUGUCAGUGCAAUUCAGGUUACACAGGAGUAACAUGUCAAGAUAUAAACGAGUGUACACCAGACACGGGUAUCUGCAAGAGCACAGCUAACAGUCACUGCAACAACACUCCUGGCUCAUAUCAAUGUCUUUGCAGAACUGGAUACACAGGUUCAACAUGUCAAGAUAUCGAUGAGUGCACACAUGAUACGGGUGUUUGCAACAAUAUUGCUAACAGUGAAUGCAACAAUACACCUGGAUCAUAUCAAUGUGUUUGCAAGUCUGGCUUUACAGGAACACCUUGUAAAGAUAUCAACGAAUGUAAUGAGGAAAAUACCUGCCAGAGUACAAAACACAGUGACUGUACCAACACCAUUGGAUCGUAUGGAUGUGUUUGCAAGAAAGGAUACUCUGGAUCACCAUGUCAAGAUGUCAACGAAUGUGAUGGAAACCCGGCGGUCUGCAGCGCCAUGAUGAACACAACGUGUAGUAACACCAAUGGGUCUUAUCAGUGUGUUUGUAUUGACGGCUUGACGGGACCAACAUGUCAAGAUCAUGACGAGUGCUCAACCUCCCCUGGUGUCUGUCAACACAUCCCACAAAGUAGCUGCAAGAAUUCACCCGGUUCUUAUCGUUGUCAGUGCAAUCCAGGUUACACAGGAGUAACGUGUCAAGAUAUUGAUGAAUGCAGUCAACAUGGAACGCACAACUGCACGGCGAGACUGAAUGGCGAGAAUCGCAUUUGUGAGAACACCAACGGUUCAUACUGGUGUCCAUGUGCUUCUUCUGGAACCGCAAUCCUGGAUGAGAACUGUGCAGCAAAGCAAGACCUCGCUAGCACCGGUUCAGCAACGCUCCCUAUAGCUGUGGUUGUGCCUGUGCUCGGGCUAGCGCUGACUGCUCUACUGAUAUGGGUGAUUGUCCGCAGGCGACGGAAGGCAUCCCUGAACGUCGUGGGUCAGGACACGGAAACCAGGGAAAUGCGAGCUUACGAGAAUAAUCAAUUAUCCAUCAUGCCAAGCAAUGAAAAGGACGUUAUAAAAGUUCAAAAUGGGGUUGAAAGGUGUGAGCAGGUAGCAACGCAUGAGAGCGCUACCAAGGAAGUCGUCUACUCUCUGCCCAAGAAGCCGAAAAAACCUGCUACGAGUAAUGGAGAAAGUGAGGAGGGCAGCAUCAUCAGAAACAAUCGGGCAGACAACAACGACGGAACAUGUGGAUUGUACCAUCUGGCGACCGCCCCGAUUGGAUUGUACCAUCUGGCGACCGCCCCGAUUCACGACCUCCAUGUUGAUACAGUAUCACCUUCAACGUCACCUCCCAUGGCUACAUCAACAGAGCAGAAGAGUGGAUCGUCCAUCACAGGAUCACCCGCUACGGCUUCAGCACACCGUGGCAGGCAGACUGAAGAUGACCUGGAAUUGCUUAAGGAGAGUGAUAUCGUGUAUGAAAUGAUCAAACAGAGCCAACGUGCAUCCUGUAUCCAGUCACAGUGACAAUAGUCACUACUGGCAGCCUUUCUAUUAAUCAUCACAAACACUCUCACAGCAAAGCCUCUUGUACGGGCAAAGCAAAAUGUUUUAUGUGCUUACUUAUGCCACAAUAUAUCAAUACAAAAAAUUGAUCAAAACGCCAAGAAUCUGAAGAAAACACAGUUACAUGAUUGCACACGUUCCAGCCAUGAACUGUAAGCGCAAUACCAUAUCUCCACAAUCACCAGUUGAUCUCCUUUGCCACGCCAAAUGCCAAGACGUGAAUAAUUCACACUGAAAACCAUGAGCGUAUUACCAGUGGAGCAAAACUUUGUCUUUCGUAAUGUCCUAGUGGCCACCAUUUUUGAAUCUUUGGCGAACCUCUAUUACAUAGUGUAGUUAUGUAACCCUUUCGCAUGUUCAAACGGUUCUGGGCACCGAGCAGUUACAGGUAUUUCUCAUUGUCUUUGUACGGCACACGCAGUUGAUUAUGAUUGUAGCUUUCUGCUUUGGACUGACUGGCAAUGGUAUAAUGCAAAGAAAAGUACACAAAGGAUAUUGGGGAUAAGUAGUAUGUCCUGUCGGUGAACACCUAGAAUCUCUUCAAUGUAUCUGAUGAAACAGCAAUAUCUCUGGCACUUUUUCAAGCCGAAUAUCACCGUUUAUUUA